CGGCCCCAGCCGGGCUCCCGGGAGCGGCUUGUCCCUGGUAAGUGGAGGCCGGAGGAGACCCGAAGCCUGGAGGCCCCUGGCCCGGCCCGGCCCCGCGCGCCGUCUAGUAGCGCAGACGCGGCUCCCCACCCCGGAGUGACCCUGGGCCCGCGUUCAGCGCGUGCCCCUCGGGCUGCCCCGGGGGGGGAAUUGCCGUUCGGACGUGGCGCUUCUUAGCAUUUCACGUGGUUCUGCCCUGCGCUUGGCCGUUUUCCUUUCCGAGAUCCCCUGAGUGCCGGACGUGAGCGAGCCCGGGUCCCUCUCUCCGCUCCGCAGAUGGCGGGCUGGAGAGUGAGAAAACGCGGCGGGAAGAUGCUGGAAAGGUGAGAGCCAAUGAGGUGUUGUCAGACUGCUCCAUGGGCAAUGUUCCCCAGAGCCUGGACCAGGGAAAAGACGGUGGAAGUCAGCACGGGUUACCAAUGCAGCAGAGAGAAUCCACAGGGGACCGGAGAGGCAAAUCCACUCUCUGCGAGAGGUGUCUUAAGAAGUGCGAAGAUGUGGCUGUGCACCGAGCCCAACUCAGGAGAGAGAGACCGUAGACAUGUGGUGAAUGGGGCAAAAGCUCUUGGCAGCGCCCAGCCCUUCUCAAAUACCAGAGAAACUGUAUGGGAAACACGCCCUACAAAUGCAUUGCCUGUGGGAGGAGCUUCCGGCUGAGCUCAGCACUCCUGAGACACCAGAGGAGCCACGCUGAGCAGAUCCCCCGCCAUCCCACUGACUGUGGGGAGAGCUUCCAGCAGCGCUCUGCCUUUGCCAGACCCCAGAGAAUCCACUGGGCGGAGAAAAGGUACGAGUGUGCCGACUGGGGCAAGGCCUUUGGGCAGAGCUCAGAACUGAUCAGACAUCAGGGACUCCACACCGGCAAGCGGCCCUACAUGUGCUCCGAGUGUGGGAAGAGCUUCUCUUGGAGCUCAACCCUUGGAGCUCACCGGAGGAUCCACCCAGGCGAGAGACCCCAUCAGUGCAGGGAAUGUGGAGAGCGCUUCAACUGGAGCACUACCCUCCUCGUUCACCAGAUGAGCCAUACGGGGCAGAGACCUUACAAAUGCACUGAGUGUGGGAAAGGCUUCAGUCACAGCUCGGCUCUCGUUCAGCAUCAAAUAAUGCACACGGGAGAGAGACCCUGGACCUGCUCCGGGUGCGAGAAGAGCUUCGGUCAGAGCAAAUCCCUCCUUGCCCAUCAGAGGAGCCACACGGGGAACAGGCCCUAUGGGUGCAGCGCGUGUGGGAAAGGCUUUCAGCGAAGCGCAGAGCUUCUCUGACACCAGGUUAUCCACCUGGAGGACAGACCCUACAAAUGUAGCGCCUGCGGGAAGAGCUUCAACAGCAGCUCGAACCUGACCGAGCAUCAGCGAAUCCACACUGGGGAGAAACCCUACAAAUGUGUGGUGUGCAGGAAAGGCUUCAGCCAGAAAUCGUCCCUCACAGCCCAUCAGAGAACCCACACGAGCGAGAGGCCCUAUAAAUGUCCCAGUUGUGAGCAAAGGUUUAGGUGGCGCUCAACACUUAUUAGACAUCCGGGAAUCCAUGUGGAGCCAGUUGCUCUGGGGGCAUUUUCGUAAAAUUGCCAGGGAGCUAUGUCCUGUUAAGCAGGGAGCCUGGGGGCUGCACCAAGAAGGGCUGCGUUUGCUCUAGACCCCUCCCAAGAAGGAAGUAAAAGGAGGCAGUCCAAGACUUGAGCAUUCACCUGCUGAGAGAGGAAAUGUAGUUGCUGUAGAGGAAAAAACAUUUUAUUGAUAAAAACUUAUCAGCUGCUUAUCUCUGAGCUGCCUGGAGAGCAGGUCCUAGCCAGUGUGCUGGGACAUGUGGGGCUCACUGCCUGAUUCUAAGGCACCAAAAAAGUCGUCAUCAAAAUAAUAUGGUGUUCAAUGAUCGUCUAAAUGUGAAUUGUGAAAAAAUAACUGGCAAAACCUGUGUGCUGUGGGGGCGAGAGACUGUGUGGAGCAGAGGUGAGUUACUGAGGGGAGAGUGAGCUGUGAAAGAAAGCAGAACUGCUAAAUUCAAAUCUAUGGAGCUGUAGCCCCUUCUCAUUCAUGCUGGCGCGGCUCUGUGGAUUUCUCCUGCCGUGUUGGCCACAUCUGAGUGCAGUGGAAUGUGCAUCCUGUUUGUGUCCAGGUGUGGACUGGUCCAUGACUUACAAAAAACGAAUCGAUGCAUCGGAGGUGAGCUUAGGCCAGUUGGGACGGGAGCUCACUCAUCCUGGGGGCUGAGAGAACAAAUGACCGGCUGUGCCUCCAGACUGCUGAGGGGGUGAUGCUGAUCACUGAGGCUGGCUGCUUUCUCUUAGGAAUGGCGUAAAACCAUUUGAUCCUGCUUGAAACAUGUAAAAUAGGUUUGUGGGUUGUUGUUUUAUUUAAAAGGCUCCCCCGCCCCCCAAUUUCUGCAAAGGCUCCCUCUGAUCAAGGUAACCACCUCACCCCUUUCCUUGGUCCAUAGCUGAUGUAGGCCCCAUUGCACAGGCAGGGCUUUCAGCAGCCUUGUUGCUGUCUCGCCUGAACUGUCAGAAAUGCCGUGUUCGGGGACGUGGGGAAGAGAGAGUGUCCAGUGUUAGCAGUGGCUGGAAGGUGCAGGCCUCCUCCAGCUGGGACCGCUCGGGAGGUUCCGAGUUGGUUUGAGGGUCAGAUACGCCCACCACGGCUGUGCUCGUGAGCCGGAGUGUGUGACUGUGCUGGAGGUAGUGUACUGAAUGAUCCCUGUGGCCAUAGGCUGUGGCAGAAGUUCAUCACCCCCUAACUUGUCUCCAUCCCUUUGCAUGCAGCUCCCAGGUUCCCUGAAACAGUCAUUGCCCUGCUUAUGCCACCCACCCACCUGCAGCCUCGAUGGAGAGAGUUAAAACUCAACCAGCCUGUGGUCCAGACCCCCUGAGCUCUUAGUUCUGGGCAGGGACAGGGGAGCUGCCUCCUCCCCGUGAGACUGGCUGGGAACACUGCACUGAGUCCAGUGUGUUCUGGGAGCAGCGGGGCAGUCCCACACUACAGCAUUUCUCUUCCUUGUGGAUGAUAUUUCUCCCAGGGCCGAGGGCAGUGGUUAACAGGCUGGGGUUUUGCUUGGGGCGGGAGGGGGUGUUUGAACAGGCAGGAGGGACCAAUGAAAGUGUAGAAUUGCUGAGCCUGGAGACUUUUGAACACUUUACAUAAUUAACACUCACAUAAUCAGUAAGGUGAGAGGCAAGCGUUGCGGGCCAAAGCUGGGGCAUUUGCCUGUCAGAGAAACUUGCUAGUGGGACCAGUCCAAAUGCCCUCAGACCCUCCUGCGUUGGUCCUGGACCAGUGAGCAGGAAGGAAAGCUCCUGCUCCCGGAUUCCUAGUAGCUACAUCCCCCGGGCCCAGAGGUGUGUGCCUGCCUGGACUAGGGAAGGAAGAAGAGGCUGAGGGUUUCCAUGCGUUGAUGGGGGUGAGCUGCCUGCAACGGGGAGGAGAUGAGUCCAGUCUGCCGUGGGGGACUGACUGAUCAUGAGUUUGGGAGGCUGACUGGUGAUUUUUCCAUUUGGGGGGUUGGCAAUGCUGAUCUUGCUCACCAGGUCGCUUUUCCCGAAGCACUUGCAGCACUAAUUGUAAGUACGAGAUAACUCAUUAGUAAUAGCCCACGAGUAACAGCACUAGUUAUUUCGGUUUAGCAAUUCUACUUUCAUGCUUCUACUUGUUGGUCAGGUAUUUUCUACAUUCAUAGUUUACUCUACAGUUUAACAAGAGUUGAGUACGCAAGUGACAGUUUAGUCACUGUUAGAAUUUUGACUUAAUCUCCACGAACAGAAUAUUGUAAUGUAAUGUAUACCAUGGGUGGAUUCUUUGGUCAUCCAGCUGUAUUAUUUAAUGAUGAGACAAAAAUCAAAAAGUAUGAACAGAUGAACCUCGUACAUAGCGGCGUUCCUUUUUCCUUAUGAGUCUUACUUUAAAUCUCUACCUAAAAGGACAGUUUAAUUAAGCUUUAACGUCUCUCCUAUAAAGAAAGAAAACAUAAAAUUCCCCAAAGCCCCCUAGUGUGCUAAACCGUCCAAUCCAACUCCAGUCAAGUGACACCACACAUUUUAAACCCACACGGAGUGCUAAACUGAAACAACCCAAUUAAAGCAGAGCUUAGCGUGCAAAGCCAGGUUUCUUACAAUCUUCAUAAGAAAGUUCCCACGCUGUAUUGUCAAACGCUGCUAAUUUCUGGGGUGUUACAUUGACGAUUACAGCCAGAAUGAUGAUGAUAAAUUCUUCAAAGCCACAACGGGUCAGUAGGCAAGAGAUAAGAGGUCUUUGUUCACAAAAGGAGAAUCCCAAUGCCAGUUAAACUGAAACUGCCCAUUAACAGAUGUAUAUAAAAGUUAGUAAGUUUCUUUAAUUGUGGAGCUACGGAACCCUGGCCCCACCCCAGAGCCUUCACCCCCCUGCACCCCAAACCUCUGCCCCAGCCCUGAGCCCCCUCCCACACUCUGAACCCCUCUGCCCCAUCCCUUCCCAUACAUCACCUCCAUAUUGGUGCACAUAACAAAAUUCAUUCUGCACAUGAAUGUAAAAAAUUAGAGGGCACAUUGGCUGUUGGGUGCUAGUACAAUCAGCAUCACCUAACAGUAACAGUUAGCAACAGCAACAAAGAGUCCUGUGGCACCUUACAGACUAACAGAUGUAUUGGAGGUGUCACAGGACUCUUUGUUGCUUUUUACAGAUCCAGACGAACAUGGUGUGACGUUAUGAGUAUAAUAUAAUAUCUCAUUGAAAGGUGACCGCCAGAAAGAGUUAAUUACUUCACAGACUGACCUGACCCAUGACCGAACUUUAGAGACUGGUUAGGAAGAUCUGUAAAUGAACAGAGCUUUGAAAUGCAAGUCUGUAUUGUUAGAGGUAGAAGGGAAGCUGUUUGCUCAGGUCUUGUGAUAUAAGUAAACAAGUCUUGUCUAUUGCUAUAACUUUGAUUCAAAGAUCAAAAAAGGAAUAUUAACAUGAUGAUACUUGAGGGAAAUAGUAUUAUUGUCUCUAUGUCUCUUUGAAGGUUGUGGUACCUGGAUCUGAACUGUUUAAUGGAUAAAUUACCCUGUGCUAAUUGCCAGGAUAUUUGAGAGAAGGGGAAUUAAGCCUAUUGUUUUCUCAGGCCAAAAGGCUGCUGGAAAUGUAUAAGAACCCUGGGACACGAUCCUGCUUCAUCUCAGAUCUGCUUUGGGUUUCCAGAGGGGGAAACCUUAAGCUACAAGGAUUGAGAUCCCCAGUCACUGACUGGAGUCACCCUGAAUAUGAAUAUGAACAAAUAUGAAUUUGUUAGUCUCUAAGGUACCCUGAAUAUGGACAUUGGACUAUAACCUAUGGACUAUUUCUAAAAGGACUUUUGGCAGCUACAAGCUCAUCUCUGCUAUGUAUCUGAACCUCAAGAAUUGAAUUCAAGUCUGUCUGUAUAUUGAUCUUUUAACCAACACUCUUUCUUUUCUUUUUUAAUAAAUUUUAGUUUAGUUAAUAAGAAUUGGCUAUAGCGUGUAUGUUGGGGAAGAUCUAAGUUAUAAUUGGACCUGGGUAUGUGGCUGAUCCUUUGGGGUUGGAAGAACCUUUUCUUUUACAUGAUGAGAUCAGAUUUUCAGUAAUCAGCAUCAUAUCUCACAGGUGUGUCUGGACGGAGGCCUGAGGCUGGGCACUUUAAGGGAACUGCGUUGUUUAAACUUCUAAGUAACCAGUGAGGUACUAUAGAAGCUGUUUUGUGCUGGUUGGUAAAUCUAAGUAUUGGAAUAUCCACCAGCGUUUGGGGUUUGUCUGCCCUGUUUUGUUUGCAG